AUGAAGCCUCACCAGUGCGCAUCCGAGCACACCGAGCACAACGGCAACAUACAGCAUUUCAGUUAUGACUUCACUUUGGAAAACCAGACGUGCUCGCGUCCCCGGGCGGCUCUCCCGGCAACAGCCCGCCGUGUUCAAGGGGGCGACCAGGCCUGGGGUCCUCCUGCGCGUGUCCUGAGCCGUGAGAGGAAACGAGCACAGGCAGGCUCCGCCGCCGCGCUCGGGGGCUCCCCACUCCCACGCCUGCACGCUCGGACACCUCGGCAGGCCGCGCGCGUCCUCACCCCCCCCCCCUGCGUGCGCACGUACGCGGGUGCAGGGACCGACGCACGGCCACGCCGGCCCAAGCCAGCCCUUCCACGCGCCAGCCCUCUGCCUCCCCCCACCACCCGCGUUGCCCUGGGGCUCCUGUUCCUCCUUCCCUCUGCGCGUCUGCCCCCCAGCCGCCGCCGCUGCCACCUGGCAGUCGCACACUCCGUCGCACUCCGCUGCCACUCCUUCCUUACCCGCGGCCCCCAGGCAGUGCCGGCAAUUUUACAGAGGUGCACGGUGGGCUCCGGUAAAGCUCCAGAUACGGAGCCACGCCGGCAGCACCAGGGGGAGGAUGCGGCUCUGAGACGCGGACCGGCCAGCUCUCCUCGGUGCAGCGGGUGCAGCUUGGACGCAAGGGGCAAGCCUGCCGCCAGCCGGUCAAUAGACAAGGCAUUGGGAAACAGAACCAAACGUCCAGAAGAUUCCCGUAGAGAACUUACGUCUGUUUCUGAACGUUAUCUUUUACACCCUGGACAAGGCUCUGCAGGCUGGAAGAAGCGACAGCCUCCAGUUCGUGGGCCUCCUUUACCUGAAUCCUCUGGCCAGAAAGACUGGGACGUUUCUACUGGAGUUUUAGUCUCCUGAAAUGCACUGAGAAGCUAGUAGAGCCUGCCCUGGGGGCAAAGCAUUGAGAAAAAAGACGAAAAUUAAAAGAAAAAGGAAACUGGCCCCUGUUCGACAGCUGCCUUCGGUUGCAUAUUUUUCAACAUCCGCAAGUAGUGUUUUUGUGUUCUGUCCAGAGGUUAUAUUUGUACUAAGCAGGGAGGACGUGCUAUCAGGGGAAGGCUGGGAAUCUCCCCCCUCCCGGUGACCCCACUCCAGGCAGAUCUUCCUCCCCGACGUUGCACCCAACCAUGCUGCCAAAGGUGACUAGUGAUUUCCUCUGCCUUCGAUGUUACCUUCUUUCUCCUUCUAAUUCACUGGACGGUUUUCCUAAGUCUCCUUGGCUGUCUCCUGCUCAUCACUCUGACUUUUUUUUUGUUGGAAAGCCCCACGGCUUCUCCCUUUUCUAACUCCCUCUUUUGUUAAUCACCUGGCCUAGUAAAACUCCAAAAUUUAAAUCUCCCCCUCAAGAAUCUCUUUUCAGAUGCCUCUUUUCAUCUGCCUACUACGAGAUGCCCACUGGUAUGUCCGGAGGUGUCUCAAACUUACAAUAGCUGACCGCACCUGUGAUUCUGCCGCUCCUUCUCCCCCACCGGUCCCUCAACCUUGCCCUUCCAAGGAACGUCAACUCCGUUUUUCCCCAAAUCCUUAAGUCACCUUUCAUUCUUCUCUUAGUCUUCCCCUCAUAUUCCAUCGGUCCACAAGUCCUGUCAACUCCAGCUUCAAAAUAUACACGGAAUCAUCAAGCUUCCUCAUCACCCACAGUGCCCCAGCCUGAUGCAAGUAUCCCUCAUUUCUUAGUCGGAGAGCAGGAAUGGUGUCUCAGUUCACCUCCUGUGUCUUUGCACCAGUGUUUUCUAGCACAGCUUCUACUGACAUAUUGUAUAUUGGAAAAUGUUGAGCAUCCCUGGUCCCCAGUUAUUGUGACAACUAAUAUCCCCUCACCCACGUGCAUGCACACAUAGGCAUCUCUGAACAUCUUGGCAAGAAGGAAGUCAUAGAAAGAUAUAGCAUGCUCAUGAAUUGGAAGAAUUAAUAUUGUUAAAACGUCCGUAUUUCCCAAAGCAAUCUACAGAUUCAGUGCAAGCUCUAGCAAAAUCCCAAUGGCAUUUUUCACAGAAAUA